GAUUCUGACCAUAAGAGCUGGAAGUACAGAACUUGUUAGCAAUAGUAAAGCAAAUUCUUCUGGUUGGUUUGACAGAUUGACUAAGUCACUUACACACUGAUCAAGGUGUUUUAACAUGAUGAUGGCAUUCACUUUGUGCCCAAAGGAGAUGUCCCAGGCCCCUAGUCAUGAUCCGGCCUUAGUGGAGAUCAUCAACAAAAACAUGCAUGUCCCAGAGCGCCUGAGCGUUGGCCCAAGGCAGCAGUGGCAGGGAGAGGAGGGAGAGGAAGCUAUGAGGUGGCCAGAGGAGCUUCCACCUGCUUACACUAUGGAAGUCCCUGAUAGGCUGACAUACACAGAAGUCCCUGAUAUGAGCCCCAGACCUCUGUUCAGCCCGUCUAGACCGACUAUCUGCAGCCCGCUGGGUCUAGAACCAUGCUGGCAGAGUCCACCUGGAGAGGUCUACAGAGAAGCACUACAGAGUCCCAUACGGAGAUCUUACAGUGACCAAAGCUUUGGCAGGACGCCGCCUGGCACACCGACCCAGCUGAAACAGGCGCUGGCACUGCCCAGACACACAUCAAGCUCCUAUAGUAGAAGUUCAGGCUGUCCUGUCCGCCAGUGCUGCACUGCUUCUCUUUCUGCCCAGUCCACCACCCCUCAGACCCAGCCUGAGUCAUGCCCUGCAACCCCCCCCAGCUGCCUGUCUCAACAUUCUAUGCUAAGCAGCUGGGCCCCACAGCACCACCUGCAGAUGGUGAGCCAGAAAUACAGAUUUAGCAACCAAGAGAAACCUCCACCAGUGAGAGUCAUACCUGAGGUCCCUGCUUCAGCACAUGUAGGGCAAAGCACAAAAAGGACAAUGGAGAAUUGGAGCCCAGAAGAGGAGGGAGGAGCUGCUGUUGAGUUCCUCAUCCUCAGGAGACAGUUGAAGAAAAUGAGUCGCCGUCUGGCGGUACUUGAGAGGCACAAUGCUGAAAGGAGGAAUACCGGAGUCGUUCUGUUCUCCCUGCUGUUCUCCGCCUGCCUGCUCAACGCCUGGCUGUGGAUCCGCAGAUAACACACACUCACGGACAUACAAUGAUGAGCCAAAACAAUAUGACCACCCCUGUCUAAUACACUGUUGGUACUUUGUGUGCUGCCAAAACAGUUUCUGUCUGCUGAAGCAGGGAUUCUACAAGACCUGUUAAGGUGCACUGUGGUAUCUGGUCUUGUAAGUUUUGAGGUGGAGCCACUGUGAUUCAGACAUCGCCCAGCGUCCUGUCUCCGGUUCGUGAUUUGUCCCUCCUCUGGCCACUGUCGUAGGUACUCACCACUGCUGAGAGGGGGCACCCCACAAGCCUUGCUGAUUAAGAGAUGGCCCUAAUGAUUUGCUCUUGUCAGAGACGCUCAGGUCCUCACCUGCUCAAUUUCGACUGUUCACUUACCGUUUAAAUAUAUCCCAGACAUUAACCUGCCGUUAUGAGAUAAUCAACAUUAUUCACGUCAUUGAGAGUGAUCGUAAUGUUUUGGCAGAUGUGUGUACACAGAUGUACAUUUGUUUUGACUACCCUUUUGAGUACCCACAUUCAUUCCCUCAUCCCUAUCCUUCAAGGAAAUAUGAAUUUAAACAUUGUUUUAAAUUGGAAGCCGUGUCCCUUGCAUGUCUGGGUUUUUUUUUAACGUCAGAGUGUUUUCCUGAUUAUUCUGAACAGCAGCUGUUCAGAAAAUGCAAAUCUGCCGAUAAUUAGCAAUCUAAACUCAGACUUUUCUUUCAGAGUUCAUCACUCAGAAUCAAAGAGCAAGGCCUUCUUUCUACAUUUGAUGGUCAGUAAUUUAGAGAGAAAUGAUUUGUAGAAGUUUAAAGACCACUUUUUACAUCCACAGUAACAGGAAAAUGACUAGAAUGCAUUGUAACUGUAGGACAGGUUGGGUUUAAUGAGUCAACUCUCAUGAUUUUUUGACUAGGGAAACAGACUGUUGCCAUCACCAUGGCUGUCCCCAUGUCUCUCUCCUCCUGCAAAUUAGUAUUUUAUUGAAUGCAUAUUUUCUUGGAGUUAUUCAGAGGGAUUCUGGGAAAUGUAGGAAUAGCUGAAGAAGUUGAGGGAAAGCAUGUACAACAGAGAAUGAUAAAUUACAACAUUUGCUCACAAAAUGCGCAGUCAUUACAGAAUGAUGUAUUUGAGGGUGCAUCAUACUAUCAGCUCUGCUGUUCCCCUCCUCAAGACAGGCGUAAUCUCAGCCCUAAACUCCAAUCUGUAACCUGAAACCCCUGAAAGAUGUGAGACGUGGCCUAAAUAACCGCAGUUAGUAAAAAUAUCCUCACUUCAGAUGUCAAGGAUGGGUUCUCACAACAGCCAAACAUUUGUACACACACACAAAUACUAAUGUAGUACUUGGAAGCGCUAGUACUAGGGUUCAUAUUGAAUACAGUUCUGUCUGUACAGUUAACUGUGUUGUGUGAAAAUGCUACCAAACAGACCGAUAGUAGUCUCAUACAUACUCAUACUAGUCUCAUAAGUGUCCAUUAACUUGAUGACAGUAGUCUUCGUAUAUGAGUUUAAAUAUUACUCAUCAUGCCCGUCACUGUUAGUGUGUCUAUUUAUUUUUUUCAAAGCUAUGCUAUUAUUGCGUAAUGUUUAUUUAAUAAAAUUAGAUUUUAUAUUUAAA